UGUAUAAUAAAUUUUUCCUUCUCAAUAUAAAUACAAUAUUUAUGCAAAAAAUACUAAAUUUCUGAAACCUACACCCGAUAUCCUAGAUCCGCCCCGGGACGGAAGGAAUGAGUGAUAAUUAUAUAUAGUAACUUCUGCAAGGAGUAUAAUACACAUCAAGAGUCCAAUAAACCAUACACAUCAAGAGUCCAAUAAACCCCAAAUACUUCUAUAUAUACUUCCUUUAUUCCUUCCAUAUUCUUAUUGGUUUCUUCCCUAUCUUCUUUUCUCUGUUCAUUAUUAUAUUUAUUCUAAUCAAGCUUUGAAAUAUGGCUUCCUGCAACAACAUUCACCAAGAGGGAAUUGAGAAGAGUGAGCCAACCCCUCUAGAAAAACAUGUUAUGUUCUUUGAUAUUGACAAGAAUGGAAUUAUUUACCCUUGGGAAACUUAUCAAGGUUUCCGGAAAAUUGGAAGUGGUAUUUUUCUUUCCAUUUUUGCCUCCUUUUUCAUUAAUUUUGGCCUCAGCCGAAAAACUCGACCUGGAAAAGGUCCUUCUUUACUCUUUCCUAUUGAAGUGAAAAACAUCAAACUUGCCAAACACACCAGUGAUAGUGGCGUCUACGACAAUGAAGGAAGGUUUGUGAGUGAAAAAUUUGAAGAGAUAUUCAAGAAACAUGCAGGUUCAACUGAAAACGCCUUAACAGCCCAAGAAUUGGAUGAAUUGCUUAAGGCAAAUAAGCAACCAAAGGACACUAAGGGACAUAUUGCUGCUUUGUCAGAGUGGAAGAUUCUAUAUUUUCUUUGCAAAGACCAGAAUGGAUUACUGAGAAAAGAAAUAGUUAGAGGUGUUUAUGAUGGUAGCCUAUUUGAACAAAUGGCCAAGGAGCAACAAGCCAAGAAGAAAAAAUUUAUACCAAGUUCAUAAGAAUGGAGAUCCCUUGUUGUGUAUGGAUAUGGAGUGAUAGGUGGAAUCUUGUGGAUUUUCUCUGUAUUUAUAAUUGUGAAACAUUAUUUCUUUGUACUGAUCAAUGGAGUGAUUUAAUUUUCUCUCA